CAGUCAGAUGGCUCCCAGYAACCAUGACCGGAUACAGAAGCUGAGAACCGAGUUCCAGCAGGCCAGGCACGAGGACGACCUUGACGACCAUCAGCAUUCAUUCAGUUUUGACCAAUCCUGGGUUGGCAACGGGACCGAGCCACAGAGCGGACGCCAUUCUGUAACAGUAGAAACUCAGGUCCAGAAGAAGCAGCAGGAUGACGGUUUCCAACAAGCACAGAGGCAGUACAACUCGCUGCCACGGCAACCUCGUAAGAACCACAGCACAGUGUCCCAGGACUCGUGGUACACCUCGUCUGAGGGAAUUAAGCCAUCCAGGAACAACCCCCGGCUCUCCGUGGGCCAAGGUUCUCGUAACGGCUACCUGGGAAAAUCCAACUUUAACGCUCGCGUCCUCCUGGAGACACAGGAGUUGCUGAGGCAGGAGCAAAGACGCAGAGAACAGGAAGCCAGCAAAGACAGGCCGUCUCCUGCGCAGGACACCCUCACCGGCAGCAUCCGCAACCAAGGCAGAGACCAUAGUCAGGCCCCGAGUCAGUCCAAAGGUCCGUUCAGCAGACAGGAUGUUCCCCCAUCGCCCACGCAGCUGGCCAAGCUCAGCCAGCRUCCAGGCUCAGAGAAAGGAAGGUUUUACUCCUGAGACGGUGAAAGACCAGGACUCAAACAACUAUUUACAUGUCAAAGAUGGCAGCAAGUCUUUUUUUAAUAAGAUACGUUCAUAUAAGAAUUUUUAUUGGUCAGUUAUGAAAGUAUUUUUUAUAUGAUCAAUCUUUUUUUUUUUUUUACUGUUAACACAAGGUAAUAAUUUGGGUGUUUUUCUAGUCCAAAUUUGUAAUUUUUUUAUGUUUGAAAGUGCCUUUUUAUUGAAUAACAAAUUUUCAGCAUCAGGCCCAUUAUCCACUCAUCAGUGUAACAUUUUAAAAGACAGGAAGCUUUGGACUCUGCAGCAUCAUGACUCAGGCACCACAACCUGAAGAAAAUGACUUGUUUCUUUUACCACCCAGGUGUUAGUGUGAGUCUGUAAUGACAUCAUUCUUAUGUGAAUAUGAUUUUUUUUUUUUGGCAGGGACUUUAUCGACCACUGUGUAAUGUGUGUGUGUGUUUGUGUGUGUGUGUGUGUGUGAAGACAGAGGACUUUAGGAAAGUGUUGUGAACUGUGGAGUCAGAGAUCAGAAUUAUUUUUUUCUAGUUUUUUUUUUUUUUUUUUUUUUUUUUUUGCAUGAGAGGCCACCCCCUCUACUUUCCCCUCACAUCAGGAAAAUGCCCCUUUUUGGUUUCAGACACAGCACUUACUUCUGCAGCCGUCACCCACCCSCUUUCACUUGUAUUCAGUAUGAUAAUCCCGCAUUUGCUCUUCCUCUUGGCUGACUGCUUUAUCUCAGCUUUUUCUCCUCACACUGUCACCCUCAUCCUUCUGCUCUGUCUGUGGCGGGGGRAAAAAAAACAGCUUUAGAUUUCUUUAUUCUUGCUCUGCUCCGUUCACCCGGGGAGACCAGCAGAACAAAAUGAGGUCAGGUUCGGGUUAUUAAUUAAUGCCUUCCAUCAAAAAUGAAUGCCGGCCUUUGUAUCUUGUUUGUUGUUGUGCGUGUGGAGGGGAGGGAGAGGAAUGGCGAUCCUGCCAGCGGGGGACUCUGGCUCUUGCUUCACCUCGAAUGAUUUGGUUGUAACCGGAGCUCACUCAAGGUGUCAGAGCUGUUUCUCAAUGAAUAUUUCAUCAGAGUGGUUACGAGUGAAACCACAUCAGCUGUGCCGUGGGUGGCCUCAGUGYGGCUCUGCCUAUCCAUAGGCCUCAUACAAUGGAGCUGAUUUUGUUUUCCCUCWUGAUUGUGUCCAUUCAUAAGAAACCACUUAGGAGCCUUUUUUUUUGUUCAGCCAAUAAUUAGUGUGUGUGUGUGUGUAGUAGCAUGUUGCUGUUUGUCACGGUGUCCGCGUACUCCUACCACAAAUACCCGACAUUGCUAUUCAAAUUGUAGCACAGUGUAACAUUUUGCAGUGUGAGACCAUUUUUAUCUAAAAGGAAGAUUAUUUUGAGUUUACUUAAACUAAAUUUAGGCUGUAGUGAUGCAUCGCAGUAAUCCAUGUAGAAAAAAAAUCAUUAGGUCCUCUGGACGGAUUCUUCUGAAGAAGUCUCUUGAAGAAGAGCAAAAACAUU